GGUGCACCCGGCGCAGGAAAGGGCUCACUAUGCAAGAAACUAGCUGAAGAGUAUCACUACCAUCACCUCUCAGUCGGCGAUCUUUUGCGCGACUGGUCCAACUCGAACAAAUUGAGUCCAGAGGCCACCAAGGCAAUUGAGAGCAACGUUUUGGUCGACGUCGAAGAUCUGAUCAUGAUUCUCCGAGAUGAGGUUGAGAGCCUGGAGCGAGAGGGGAAGAAGAACCUCGUGAUUGAUGGCGUUCCUCGCGUGCUGGAGCAGGCAGGGCCUGUUGAGGAAGCUAUCGGGUCGCCGGAUCUGGUCCUCUUCUUCAACUGUCCGAGGGAGGUCGCCAAGGAGAGGUUUCGGACUAGGAAUAUUCCUGGUCGGGUGGAUGAUGGAGAGACGUUCGAUCAGAGAUAUAGUCACUAUGUUGCUGAGAAUGAGAGAGUCCUGGGGCACUAUGGUCGCAGGGGGCUCUUGGUUGAGGUA